UUGUGUGUUUGUCUGCGGCUUGACUGGAAGGGAGCGACAGGCCAGCCUGUUGCGCACUUGGCGGCACACACAGACAGAGCGCACCACAGCCGCGUAGAUGGACGGAGCCACUAAAGGACUUCCCUUACUAACUUUUAGACCCAAUGUUAUGAUUGGAUACCGGCGUUUCUUCUAAUUUCACGAGGACUCAUUACAACGUGCCACCUCUGACCGGAUAUAGCCUUUACGCAUCCCGGGAGCCGGGGAAAAAGGAUUCUCCAGAUUGUCACAGCAGGGAGCAACAGACGUCCAAGAGCCAUAAAAACCAGCAUCUGUCUCUGCUGGCAUUUUCCAGAGAUGCCUAACAAUGCCAUAAAAACCUGAAGCCCAACGACCCAUGUGUAUCCCACCAAACAAACACACUGACGAGUUUCAGACACCCGUGUUGUGUGUGUGUGUGCUGAGAUUAAAGCACUGUGGACUGAGGACUUAAACUCAAGAGUAUGGUCCAACUGUCCACCUCAGUCUACUUGAUAGGAGGCCUUUUGGGCCUGUUUCUGCUAUCACCUGUUCCGGUGGACCCGACACCAGCCAGCAUGUGCACACCUUUGAAGACGCUCAACAACAGCCUCAGCCACAGGCGACGGUACAUGAAGCACAACUUCCCCAUCGACUACACCAUCAGGGUUCAUCAGAAGGAAGUCUUUAAACUGUCAAACAUCAACAGAAUGAGGUUACAGGUGGAGGGGUUGGAUGACCUGGUUCUCCAGAGGUUGUGGUUUCAGGUCAACCAAGGCGUGUUAAAAAAGAUCAUCCGGGUUAUGCCAGAGAGGCAUCCUUCACGUCGAUACACCACUGAGUUGGAAAGACGCUUCAGGGAUGCAGAGGGUGUCUUUGUACAGUCACAUCCUGCUGAGCUGUUCCAGCAGGAGCUUCCAGAGACUAUCCAGGAAACUUGGGAUCAUUUAACGGAAGAGUCUGACAGGGUGCCAGAGUCCAGCUGGCGAUUAGCUUCCCCAAAAUCCCUCCUGGACAACUUCUGCCACACCAUGCACUGCCUCUUCAGCGACUGCUUUGCCAGCACAGAAGCCCAGCAGGACUACUGUGGUGUUUCCCAUUGGAGGAAACGAAGGAAAGACUCCCAUCCCAAAAGCUGAGAAGAGGACUGCGGGGUGUAGUUGUCCCUUUUGGUACUAAUUAGUGAUUGGUAUCAUUAUUUCCCUUGAGCGAGAGGGAUAAAAGAACAAUCCACUUAAUAACAAGAAAGUUCCGUCCUGUAUUUGAACAUCAACAAGUCUUUCCCAAAUCUACCAAACAGACAUAAGAGUGUGUUGAUGAUAUGACGAAGACACAAACAAUGGCUCCAUCAGCCAAAGCAGACUGAUAAUUGUAGAUACAGCAGCAGUGUACGUGGCGAUUUCAUGAGUAUAUGGACUUUCUGCUAAGAUGAAAUAAAGUUCAUUAGAGAUACAAGCUACAACUCAGAUUUGUCCAAUUCUCUGUCACUCAGUCCUUUGACGGCUGCUCAGAUUGAUUCUUUGGUACUUGGGUUUCAAAUUUUGGAAGAGAUUUGUUUAUUUUCACAUAUACGGACUUAAUUGAUCAUUGAAUCAAUGUCACUGUGGCUUUGCCAAAUCUCCAAAAAGCCUGUGAUGUGCUCCAGUGGACCUGCUUGGUUCACCUUUAGAGACCAAAAAGCAGCAGUACCAGCCUACACAUUGGAUUGUUGCUAUAUUAACUUUAAAUGACUUUGUAUCAUAGAAAAAUCUCUUCUAUGAGCGCCUAUUUUAAACACCAAUGAGCUACAGCAAGAGCAAUGUACAUGAGUUGAACUCUAACUCUUUGAGUUGAAGUGUUCACUCCUGUUUUCUCUUCCCUCUUCAAUUGUUGAUGUAUGCAUUUCUCAGCUUAUUUAUGUUGAUAUGUGCUAUACAGGCCCUUAUUGCUUUUUCAAAAUAUUUCAAAACAUUUUUGCCCCAUUUCAUGUAUUUCCUUCUAUUUAUUUUUCAAACAUACAGUAUAUUUUUCUGAGAAUUUUCAGUUUGAUAUGUUACAUUUUGUCAUAGCAGACACAAUUGGUAUCCGAGGCUAGUUUUGGGUGUUUUUAGUUGCUCCGUUCACAAUUUCAGCUCUAAACAUGUAACCUGAAACUCAACUCCAUACCAUGCCAUACUACACUAUAAUAGAAUGGAAUAGCUAUGCUUAACAUUUCUUUCACACUUUCAGAUUUUAGUUUUCUGACAACAAAUUCUGCAUCUCCUGUCAUUGUUUUUCCUGUCAGGUUGUGUCAGCCUUUGUUUAUUUCAUUCAACUCAUGCAAACAAACUAGGCUAUAUUGUUGCUGUUCUGUUUUGAGUAAUUAAGACAUACAAUAUAUCUGUACAGCAUAUAUCAUAGAAAUCAUACUUCAGUUUAACAAUUACUAUGGUUAUGAAGCACAUAUAAAGGAUGCAAAUCUGUGAUAAAAUCUGUGAUUAAAAAAGGUAGACAUGAAUUAUGCUUUGGGCAUAUGAAGGACACUGUCAGCCUUUUGGGAGUCUUUGAUACGACUGAAGCGUAGACAGAGCCUCAACAUUUGCUCACUCAGCCUACUUCAUGCACUCAAGACUCAUGUUAUCAUGUAUUAGGUGAAAUUAAGUGGUUGUGACUUUUAUUUCCAUCCACCUGGUUACUGUCUACAAAUCCUGACUUGCUGGUUAAGUCAGUUUAUAGUGUAACAUUUC